GAGUAAUGGACACACAUCACUGUGAUGCAUGUGGGAAGAGCCUUUCCUCAUCCACUAGCCUCAAAAACCACAUGAGGAUCCACACUGGAGAGAAGCCCUACAGCUGUGACCUCUGUGGAAAAACCUUUACCCAUGCUAGCAUUUUCACAGAUCACCGCAGAAUACACACUGGAGUAAAUCCCUACAGCUGCGACCUCUGUGGUAAAACCUUUAGCCAUGCUUCCACUUUGAGAACUCACCGCAGGAUCCACACUGGAGAGAAGCCACACAUUUGUGACCUCUGUGGUAAAACCUUUAGGCAUGUUACCAAUUUAACAAUUCACAGCAGGGUCCACACUGGAGAAAAGCCCUACAGCUGUGACCUCUGUGGUAAAACCUUUAGCCACGCUGGCCAUUUCAGAACUCACCGCAUGAUCCACACUGGAGAGAAGCCCUACGUCUGUUACCUCUGUGGUAAAACCUUUAGCCAUGCUAGCAAUCUAACAGUGCACAGCAGGAUCCACACUGGAGAGAAGCCCUACAGCUGUGAACUCUGUGACUAUUCAGGUAAAACAAAUGGCCAGCUGAAGAGUCACCUGCAUGUUCACAAUAGAAAAACCCCAAAGAAGUGAUGUCCGGGACCAAGCUGUCCCAGCAGUCACAACCUGAAAGCACUUCUCUUUGACCCACAGCUGGAAAAACUACCGGCGUACAAUAAAAAAUCCCAAACCCUCUGCCGUUAGACUGCUAUCUCCCAAAGUUUCUUCCAUUUUGUCAUCUAACUUUAAUUGAUGUAUGACUGGUACGAGCCUGUGUUACGAACCUUGUCUAGGGGGAAAAGCCGUAACACUUAACAAACACACAAGACAGAACACACAUGCAAACGGGUGAGGGAUGUAACAGCCUGUGUUCUGCACCUCUCUUUCACCAACUGUUGCAGGAGGGGAGCACUGAACUGCUCCUCCCAUGGUUUUGUUUGUUUUUUUUUCUCAAAUUUUCCUUGUCUUCCUUGAGGGUUUAGGUUGGUUGAGGGGUAGUUCUACAGGCGUGUGUCAAUCCCUCUGUUACAUUGCUUGUAAAAACGGCUAUACAAAUACAUUUGAUUUGAAUUUGAUGAUUAGUCGUCCAAUGCAAACUGAUCUUCAUCCAUUGUUGAGUAAUACGGAAACACUUCUCUGUUUUUACUUUUGCAAGUAAAGGGCCAAACUGGAUGUUUCUGAAACUAAAGGGUUGUAAUAGAAAAUACUUUUUUUAUAAAGAUGUCUAUCAUAUUCUUAGGCCUAAAACAAUUAUUGUUUAGGUUUUAACUUUUGUAAAGCUAGAUUAACCUUUUGGCCUAAGACUUAAGUUUCUGCUUGCUGACCAUACAUAUAACAAAUUUAACUGUUUGACCCUGGUUGUUUUGCCCACACAGCAGUGAUUCUUCAACACAAUUUCAUUUUUCUUGUCUAAGCUCUGGUGUUGACAAUCUGUAUUAAGUGCUGCAACCUGUUUCCUUUUAGUUUUCUUGCAUAAUGUGGAGUGCCCCUUUUGAUAGACAUGAAGUAUUGAACUGAUUAUGUAACUGUCUGGAACUACUGUAUAAAAGAGUGCUCAGUCA